UGGUAGAGCCGGCAGAUGAUGAGAUGACCGAACGAGAUGCUCUUAUGGAAAUUUCAGUAGGAGUAGCAGAGAAAGCGCUAUGAUUGUUUGUCCUUGUCACAGUUUCAUUUUUUUUUAUUCCCCACCGUCAAAUUUUGUAUGGCUUAUGGUGGGCAACAAAUAACCCGACCAAAUUACGUAGGUUGUUUUUGGUAUCUUGUCAGGAAGUUUAAAACGUGUUCUUAAUUUGGCACAUUGCGUAUGCGUCCCUCACUGGCUAUCUAUGAGCUUUAGUUACGUUCUUUGUUUUGCAUACUCUGUGGCUGCACGGCUGAGUUUGACAUUGACACUGACAUUUUAUUUCGGUCAUUGGUCACAUGUCAGUGUCACAUUGAAUUGGUGUUCGGUGUAAACUUUGUAAAUAUCUACUGCAUAUUUUUUUCGCAAGUUUAAAUACUUACGUUUGUUUAACUAAGUAAUUAUGUUUACUAUCACAAUCCCAUCAAAUUAUUCAGAGACUGCACAAGAGAUUAAAAAUAUCGACAGCAGCCGCUUCAAACAGCUGCUUAAAACUAAAUGGGACGAAAUUCACGAUCAACCUGAUGUUUUUCGCUACAAAGUUAACAAAAUGAAAGAAAGAAUUGUGGAUAAUAGAUACAUACUUCUGUUGAAUCCAGACCGUGGAUUCAAGAGAAGAGAGCCAGAGUACAUAGACAGUAUCCACAAGCCCUAUAACCCUAAUGAGUUUAACUUCAACAAGACAUCUUCAAAGGAACAUUUGUUUACUAUGCAUGAAAACAAUAGUACAGAUGCACACUUGUUUCUAGUAAAUGUGAGUCCCAUAUCCCGGUACCACACUCUGCUGUGCCCAUCGGUCAACAAAUGUCAGCCUCAAGUUGUGACUGAAGACAGCAUAAGACUCGUUUUAGAAGUCAAGUUCUUGGCGCAGGAUUGUGAUCUAAAAAUUGGAUUCAACAGUCUCUGUGCUUUUGCUUCUGUGAACCAUCUACAUUAUCACUUAAUGUAUGAAAAGAAUACAUUUCAUGUUGCAACUGAUAAAUGCAUCCACCUAAAAGGUCCCCUCUAUAUAAUAAAUAACAUCGUACCAGCCUUCUGUUUCCAAGUGACGAAAGAAAGAAAAAUCCAAGCAGUUAAAGACAUCUUCAGACUGACUGAAUAUCUCGUGUCUAAGUCUAUAGGACAUAACAUAUUAGUUACUGAUGGGGAGCCUGUGGUAUCAGGGUGUAUGGAAGUGAUACCAGGGUGUAUGCAUGUGGUACCAAGGUGUAACGAUAUGGUACCGAAUUGUAACGAUGAGGUACCAGGGUGUAAGGAUACAGAGGUGGUGAGGGUACUGGUGACGCCGAGAUUGAGCACUGCUGGUGUUAAAAUGCUGACGUCGUUCAAUGUUGCUGUUUUGGAGCUGAGCGGAUGGUUUCCCGUGUUUAAUCCUGAGUAUUUUGAUACAGUCAGUGCGACGGAUUUGGAAAAAGAAUUGGGUAAAUGGAAGUUACCUAAUUUUGAAGAAUUAUGUGGUGAAGUUAAAUCAUUGUAUUAAUUGUCUGUGAAACCUAUAUGUUAUUUAUGUGUAUAUUAUACCUAAGGCUAAGUAAAAGUACAAAUGAAAUUAGGAAAUAAAUCCUCUGAUAAAUUGUCUCUUUAUAAAUGACGGAUAGGGACGAACUUUUACCAGGCUGAUGUAUAAUAAAUCGUAAAGAAUUAAAAAUGGAUUAGUUAUGGAGCUGGGGGCCGAAUUUUGAUUUUCGAGUGCUCGAUUUCGUGUAAUUCCAAUUUAUCUCCACUACUAGGCAUUUCAAUUCUACUAAUAUAAUUGAAAAGGAUUGGUCAAUACCACUGGAUUCCCAAUUUCUAUUGCUCGUAUUUCUAAAAUCCGUGCGCGUUAGAGGGUCUGCCAUCUUGUGGCCUGAAUCGGAACCAUAAACAUGCACAUGUACACGUCACGUGUUUUCUUGUGCAUAGUAGGAUCUGCCAUCUUGUGGGCUACAUCGGAACAAAAACAUCACAUUUACGCCUCGCGUCAAAAAUCUGACGGCUCAAUUCGCCGUGUUCCACAGAUUUUUGAGUGACGAAUUCGAGCGCUCGAAAUUAAAAAAUCAGCUCCCAGAUCUGUCAGUGUCAAAAGUGACGUUUUUGGUCGAAAAAACACGAAUCACGGUUUAUAUCCCGGUCGAUUUAAGUCUAAAGAGGUGGCCAUCACAUUUAUUUUUAAAACUAUACCUAUCCAUAGACAAUCUUUUAAAAUGUACUUAUUAAAAAUAUAUUCACACAUUGUAUGAAAUGUUGUAUACUUAAAAUAUUCAAUUUCGUAAAUCGUCUUAAGCCCACGCCGACAAUUUAAAAGUUUAAAUCUAUUUUUAAUUAGUAAAUUUAAAAAGUAAGUAAGUAAAUCUCUUCCCGCCACCUCUUUGUUUCAUAUUUAUCUAUUGAAAAACUUAUCUAGUGACCUACGUAGUCCGUUACAAACUGGAUGCGAUAAGUCAUCCGGAACACUUAUUGCAUACAGAUAGGGUCUAUUAUUGGCCAGUAAAAUGUGUUGCUGUACAAUGUCGGUGAUAGCAAUUUUACUAUUUGUGCGUUGUUUGUAUAGUAGCAAUAUUUGCCUACGUUUAAAACCACAUAUUCUUAAUACCUAUUUUAACUAUAGAGUUGUGUAUAGACUG